AUGUGCGGGUGCCUCAGGAGCAGCGUGGGAGCUCAGAACGACGAGGUGGGAACUCAGAUCGACGACUUGGAGGUGGAAACCCAGAACGACGACUCGAAGCUGGGAACUCAGACCGGGAAGGAUGGCCCGGACGAACCCAGUCACGAGAACUGUCCUCACUGGGUCCAUGCUGGGAUCAUAGUUGUUGCAAUGGCCUUUAUGGGCGUGACAGCUGAAUUUCUGGUUUCCACCGCCGAAGAGAUCCUGGAAGUGACUGACAUCCAAACCGAGUGGUUCGGCCUCAUCCUGCUCCCAUUGGUCUCUUUCUCUGCGGAUGGGACGGCCGAAAUCUGGAGGUUCAUUGUCGAUAUCUGGAGAUAUAGACAUCCACAUCCGCCGGCGAAGGAGCAAGCCGCAAACUCGGAGCAGCAAGCAGAAAAUCCGGAGGGGCAAGCCCCAAACCCCAGCUCGAAGGAUCCUGAGAAGGGGAAGGUCGAACGGAAGAAACCUUCGUGGGAUGACCCUUCGCGUAUUUCAAAGCUCGCGCACGGACGUCCUAUCGACUUGAGCAUCCAAUUUGGCCUUGGGUGGAUGCCACUGCUGGUGUUGCUGGGAUGGUUUUCCGGAAAGCCGAUGCAUCUCCUAUUCGACUACUUUGAGGUGGGGGUGCUAUUUGGGGCCUGUCUGUUGAUGAACUACGUCACCAUCGACGCGAAGACGAACAUGUCUGAGGGGGUGACGAUGGUAUCCUUCUACGUGAUGAUUGCCGCAGCAGCAUGGUGGUACCCGGGACAACCGCACGUUGCGGAAAUGCUGGCUUGUCCAUUCAACGUCGCCACCGCGGUCGCACAUAGCACUAAUGUGACAAGCUGAAUUCUAGUAGAUCCAAUCGGAGCCGGGCCUAUGUAUAUCACGCACUGGUAGAGUCGUGUCGAAUGGGGAUGCAAGUGAAGAUGAGACAUCGGAUCUUUGCGCCUGUAGCUUCGCACAACUUGCUAUGUAAAUUAUGUACUCCC